CAUCGCUAGUCAGAAGGAUCUGUGACAGUGCAGGGUACAGCUCGAGGUUGAGGGGCAGAGAGAGGAAAGAAUUUCUCCCGAUCCCGCCAUACUUCUACCACUAUUCCACCAUAACCACCAUCUAAUUCAUUCAAAUUGAUACCAUUUCUACACUGCGAGAAAUUCGCCUGGGUUGGCUACAGUCAAGGUUUCUCCACUUCUCUACUGGACUUUAUCAGACUACAGCAUUAGUCCACUAUUAGCUGAACUUUUCUCAUUUGGUUUUUUGGAUAUUGUUUUGAAUUCUAAAAUUGCGUUUCUACGUACAGCUCGAUAACGUCUACAAGUGCUUUUUAUAGUGCAGUCGCCUUAUAGCCUAUCGUUUCUUGUGAUAUCAUUUAGAGCGUUUCGGUCAAGUUUUUUUGUUUGUUUGUUUUGAUUUCUUAAUUUCACUGGAGAGCCUGAUACUGUCACCAUGAACAAGCUUUAUAUUGGAAAUCUGAAUGAAAACGUGACUGCAGAGGACUUGGUCAAAACCUUUGAUGAUUACAAGAUUCCAUACUCUGGACAGUUUCUCAUGAAAACUGGCUACGCGUUUGUUGAUUGCCCGGACGACCAAUGGGCUAUGAAAGCCAUUGAAACAUUUUCUGGUAAAGUGGAACUCCACGGCAAACGCAUUGAGGUCGAGCAUUCUGUCCCCAAGAAGCAAAGGACCAGGAAACUCCAAAUCCGCAACAUUCCACCACACUUACAGUGGGAGGGAAUCUGGCCAUUGAAAAAGGAUACAAACCCUAGCUCUGAGGUGUUGGAUGGUCUGCUGGCUCAGUAUGGAACCGUGGAGAACUGUGAACAAGUGAACACAGAAAGUGAGACUGCCGUGGUGAACGUCACAUAUGCAACCCGGGAACAGGCCAGACAAGCCAUCCAGAAGCUGAAUGGAUACCAGUUUGAGAACAACGCCCUUCGCGUCUCCUACAUCCCGGACGAGAACUCUGAAGUUGAUGGACAGCGAGGCCCUGACAACGGCCGCCGUGGAUACGGCCCCCGGGGUGGCCCCCGGGGCGGCUCCCCAGGGUCGGGGAUCCCCCCCAAGCACCAGCACACGGACAUCCCCCUGCGCCUGCUGGUGCCCACCCAGUACGUGGGUGCCAUCAUCGGGAAAGAGGGCGCCACCAUCCGUAACAUCACCAAGCAGACGCAGAGCAAGAUUGAUGUCCACCGCAAGGAGAACGCCGGUGCAGCCGAAAAGCCAAUCAGCAUCCACUCCACCCCAGAGGGCUGCUCGUCCGCCUGCCGCAUGAUCCUGGACAUCAUGCAGAAGGAGGCCCAGGACACCAAGACUGCCGAUGAGGUGCCUUUGAAGAUUCUGGCCCAUAAUAACUUUGUGGGUCGUCUGAUCGGUAAGGAGGGCCGCAAUCUAAAGAAGGUGGAGCAGGACACAGACACUAAGAUCACCAUCUCCCCGCUGCAGGACCUGACUCUGUAUAACCCAGAGAGGACCAUCACAGUGAAGGGCGCCAUUGAGGCUUGCUGCUUGGCCGAGCAGGAGGUCAUGAAGAAAGUGCGCGAGGCCUACGACAACGACAUCGCCGCAAUGAACCAACAGACUCAUCUGAUUCCAGGGCUGAACCUCGGAGCCCUUGGUCUCUUCCCUCCUUCCUCCGCCAUGGCCCCUCCUCCUCCAGGAAACCCAGGCGCAGGCGCCCCCUAUGGGUCGUUUGGGACUCCGGAGCAGGAGACUGUCCACGUCUACAUCCCGGCCCAGGCGGUGGGAGCCAUCAUUGGGAAGAAGGGUCAGCAUAUCAAGCAGCUCAGCCGCUUCGCUGGAGCCUCCAUCAAGAUCGCACCAGCGGAGACACCUGACUCCAAAAUGCGCAUGGUCAUCGUGACUGGACCACCCGAGGCCCAGUUCAAGGCUCAGGGCAGGAUCUAUGGCAAGCUGAAGGAGGAGAACUUCUUCGGCCCCAAAGAGGAGGUCAAGUUGGAGACUCACAUCAAGGUCGCCGCCGCGGCAGCAGGCAGGGUCAUCGGGAAGGGUGGAAAGACGGUUAAUGAGCUCCAGAACCUGACCGCUGCGGAGGUGGUGGUCCCCCGCGAGCAGACCCCCGACGAGCAGGACCAGGUUAUCGUCAAGAUCAUUGGCCACUUCUACGCAAGCCAGCUGGCACAGAGAAAGAUCAGGGACAUUUUGACGCAGGUCAAACAGCAGCAGAAGCCGCACCCUCAGCAGCAGCAGCGAGAGCAAAGAGAGCAAAGAGAGCAGCAGCAGACGCCUGACGGGGGCCUGGCACCGGAGUCCACCCGGAGGAAGUGAGCGCCCAGCCGCUUCGCUUCGCCUCGCCCCCCGCCUCGCCCCACCCCUGGGAGCCGCGCCGAGGAGCAGAGGAUUGGACCGAUGGACAGAUACUGACAGAUGAACGAACGGACUGACACACGGACGAGACAAAGACCAGACGAACGAGGAGUGAGCGAACGGACGAAUUGUUGGACAGACCGAGAUAGCGACACAGACCCAGCGGCAGACAGGGGAGAGGAGCAUCAAACGGAGAGAGGGACAAAGCCUGAGAGAGAAGACAAAGUUUAGAAGACCGAUAGAUAAAAGAGAAUAGAGAAUACAAAGUGAGAGAGAGAGAGAGAAAAAAAAUGAAAACUAGAUGCCAGACCAGAUGCCAGACCAGAAUUAGUGACCGGUGAUGGCAGGGCCUUGUGGUAAAAGGGGGAAAGGUCGCCCUCUGGUGUAUGCUCACAGAAUUGCAGCUCACAAAGCCAGGGAGUUGAUGCAAAGUAAAGCUGCCCCUUUAUACAGCAGAACUGAAGUCAGAUUGACCUUAAAAUGUCAUUCUAAAUACUAGGAGUGGGGCUGAAGAUGCUGCACCAGGAUCUGCUGUUAGAGGCAACAUCCGCCUGCACUUGGGCUCAGCCAAGAGGUCUUUCUACUAACUGACCUCCCCUUUUUGGGGUCCUUGCCAUCUCUGGUCAUUUUGAUAUUUUAAGGGUGUUUUUUUUUUAAGAAAAAUAGAGCUAUAUGUAUAGAAAUGUUUAUUCAGAGGUAUUAUAAAAGAAAAUGCAGUGCAGCCAAAUCUGGAGAAAAGGGGGCAAGGAGGAAGCCAUCGCAAAAGGUGGGAGUGGGGCCACCAAUCAGGUGACCCUGCACCCGACCAAUUAAAAAAAAGAAGUGCAGAGGGGCUGCAGUUGUUGACACUGCUCUUUAAAUCCCCCACAUAAGAGAGGUUGUGGGGGUUGAAGAUUUUGGAAAAAAAAAGCAAAGAGGUUGUAAAUAUAAUCUUCAUAAAUGUGUAUUAAAACGCUGUGAGUGACUGCCGGCAGCGCCCUGGGUGCUAGGACCCAGCUGAGGUGUGGCGGGAGAUACCACCCCUCACCCACCCGCAGGUGUGUGCCGACAGUCUUUGUGGCGAGAGAACAGUUAGUGCGCGGGUCGAAGCUGACUCUGCAGUUCUAUUGCAGAGCAACAGCUCUAAGAUCUGGAAUGAAACACCACGUGGAAGAAAACAAAAAGAAAAAAAAAAAAAAAAACAACGUUAGUCCAAAAAGCAGCCAGCGAUGCUCGUUGGCAGACGACCCGCGCCGAAAUGGCAUAUUUUAUAUAUAUUAUAUAUAUAUGAUAUGUGAGUUAACCCAGCCCCUCAGAAGAAGGUUAGAAAGGGAGCGGGCAGAGGAGGAAUGUUGGAUUGAAUUCUGUACCAGGACAUGGCCAUCUUACAGCUACUCUUGAUGCAAGUGUGGCUUUCCUUGGUUCUUUUUUGUAAGGAAUUGUUUUUAAACUCAGUCCUUACCCUCAAAGACCUCCAUAUGCAACUUUGUAUGUGAGAGAGGAAUUAAACAGCAGCCGGAAAUCAGAAUAGUCUUGAGUCAUCUUACUGACCAGCAGCAUAUGCAGAGGUCUGUGUGGGACAGGAUGAACCCAAAAAAGUGCCUGUAGGAUGGUCAUGGUGUCUGAAUCUGACAUUUUCUCCCCUAGCCCACGCUCCAUCAUUUAAGGUCAAAGGUCACGACCAAGCGAGGUCACUGGCUUCACCCCUGCUCCUCUUUUCUCCAGCUUGGCUCCAAGUCUGCCGGAGAGGGCACCAGAAGUCUGGGCGCACCCUCCCUUACUAGAACAGAUUAGAGAAAAGAUGAAAUUAA